GGGUCUCAUCAUCGCCACCGCCUAGUUAUCUGGUUGCGCUGCUAACGGACGGAUCGGGAUCCGGGCUCCGGGUGCUGGACUGUGCUGAGGUCGAGGAUUAGACGUUUGACCGGUGAGGGGCAGCGGCGCGAGAGAGAUAGACCAACUCCGUAGACAACCAAAAAGCUCCUUGCCCUAUCAGAUACACCAUGAGCAAGCGAAUCCAUCUCGCCCUACCUUUCCUGCUGGCCGCAGCACUCGUCUGCUCUGCCGCUGAAGAACCGGAGGAUUAUUUUGAGUUCACCUGCCCGAAACCGGACGGCCAGUUCGAGGAUCCGUACCAGUGCGAUAAGUACUACGAGUGCGAUGAUGGGCGCGUGUCGGAGAAGCUAUGCCCGGACGGGCUCGUGUUCAACCCGGCCAGCAAGCUGGUAAACAAGUGCGACCAGGUGUUCAACGUGGAGUGUCACGACCGGAAGGAGCUUCAACCUCCCAAACCGAUCGGUGUAUGUCCGCGGCAGAAUGGGUUCUUCCCCCAUCCGGAUCCUUCGAUCUGCAACAUCUUCUACAACUGUGUGAAUGGUCGCGAGCUCGAGAUGACGUCUGUGGCCGGGUUACACUUUAACCAGCCGACCGGUACCUGCGUAUGGCCGGACAUGGCUAACCGGCAGGGAUGCGGUAGCAACGCGAACAAGAAACUGAACGAUGGCUUCCAGUGUCCGAAGGAUGCGACCAAGAUGGACAAGAACGGGCAGAUCGUCACACACCCGAACUAUCCGCAUCCGGACGACUGUCAGCGGUUCUACAUCUGUCUGAACGGUAUCGAGCCGCGCCAGGGUACGUGCGAGGAGGGCAUGGUGUACAACGAGGAUCUGCAGCGUUGUGACGAUCCGGAGAAUGUGCCAGGAUGUGAGGAUUGGUACAAUGGUCCCGAGGCGGAUCAGGCGGCGUGAUUGCAAAGUCCCACCGAUGGUUUGCAGCUCGUACUAGCUCGAGGCACUGUGUUGAACGUUUACUAAUAAAUUUUAAAACCACCCGUGUGCGUGUAUUCUGUUGUUAA